UGGACAGGAUAUACGAAAAUACUUGUAAUAACUCUUUGAUAACUUUCAUUGGAGGGCAGAAGUCAAGCUUCUUGGUUUGCUGCUGCGCCCUCCCACUUUAAUGGAAAUUAACAUUCCUUGGUGUCCCUGUUGCCUCGACUCGGCAUGAUUGAUCUUUCCUUCAACUCAUUAACAGGAGAUAUAACGUCCUCAGUCUUGAAUUUGAAGAGACUAUCUGUGUUAAACCUCCAGUUCAAUUCAGUCUCUGGAGGCAUCCCCCAAUCUUGAUAUUCCAAGUCUCAAGCAUUUGAAUUUUGAGCUAUAACUCACUGAACGGUUCGAUCUCACCGUCCCUUCAGAAGUUCCCGGUUUCUUCUUUCAUAGGCAAUGCUCAUCUCUGAAUUAUUGCUCAUCUCCUUCCAGUUGCUCAACACCUGAAAGUUCUUCUCCCACAAUAUCUGGAAGACAAAAUGCUGCAAACUCAGGAAAACUUAAUUCAGAAUUUAUCAUAGCUAUUUCUGUUGGUGGGGUUUCCCUUCUGAUUCUCCUAGUUUUUCUGCUGUCUGAAGAAGAAAAACGGCGGCCAUGCUAAUGUGAUCAAAGUUAAGACCUCUAAUGGUGGAAAGAAUGAAAAUUUGAAAUCUGAGGACUUUGGGAGCGGGAUGCAAGGAGCAGAGAGAAACAGGCUAGUCAUUUUUGGAGGAUCUUCGUUUAGCUUUGAUCUUGAGGACUUGCUAAGGGCGUCGGCAGAAGUUCUUGGGAAGGGAACGUAUGGUACAACUUACAAAGCAGUUCUGGAUGAAGCAACAGCAGUUGCAGUGAAAAGAUUGAGGCAAGUGAGGGUUGGCUUGAUCGGCAUCCAAACAUUGUCCCACUGUUUGCCUAUUGUUCCAAGGAUGAGAAGCUUCUUGUUUACGAAUACAUGCCCGCCAGCAGCUUGUCUGCAUGGCAACAGAGGUGGAGGGAGAACUCCACUAGAUUGGGAUGCCAGGCUAUAAAGAAAAGCUCCAGAAGCCUUUGAAACAAGAAAAGCCACUCAAAAAUCUGAUGUCUAUAGCUUUGGUGUCAUCCUCCUUGAGAUGACCUUUAAACCUUAUUUCUUUCUUAACUGUAUCGAAUCUCUAUUUCAAAUUUUAUUGCA